AUGCCUUCUCUCGAGGUGGACAGUUACGGCGUCCCAGCCGUCACGACUUUCGUAUCCUAUUUCGAGGAGGUGCUAGUUGUCGCUGCUUCAGCCAAAUCAACGACGACCAUAGAACCGGCGUUGGAGGAAUCAGAUCUCCAAGAUGUACUCAGUCGCUGGCCUGCCGCGUCCACGACUGUGGAGGUGAAGAAGGAGGGCGCUGGCAAUAGGAAGAACCAGCAGUUCGCGGUGAUUGAGACAGCGGUGCGCGGCAUUCAGAGUAAUCUAAUAGCGACUCUAUCCAUCGAUUCACCCGAAUUCGUCAAGGUGUGGAACCUGUUCGACAUUCUAUCGAUAUUAUCGGAUCGAGAACAAUGCGACCCUGCUCUUCUUCUAUGGCUAGUGGAGGAAUUGCUUGACAGCCAGACAAUUCCAGGCUGCCGCAAGAUCUUCGACUAUCUCGAGUCACGGCGCAAGAGGAUAAUAUCCAAGCACUUUGCGGAGAAAAAGCUCAUUAUACUUCGAAGCUGCAAUGAACUGCUUCGGCGAUUAUCCCGAGCAGAAGACACGGCCUUUGCGGGUCGGGUCUUCAUCUUCCUAUUCCAGAGCUUUCCCCUCGGCGACAAGAGCUCUGUCAACCUGCGGGGAGAAUACCAUACCCAGAAUAUCACAACAUGGGAUCAGACGCCUACAAAGAAGGAGGAAGAUGAGUCCCCAGAGAAGAUGGACGUGGACCCUCAGCCCAGUGGAACGAAAGAAGAUACACAAAACAAGUCUCAAAAGGCAGUGUCAUUUGACUCCCAGAAGCAAUCACAGCCAGGGAAGCCGUUGGAGCCCGAUGAGCUAUAUCCUAUCUUCUGGUCCCUACAGGAAAGCUUCAACCAACCCAAAAAACUCUUCGAUUCUGCUCACUUCACUCAAUUCAAGUCUGGACUAGAGGCAACGAUGACUGCAUUUAAGGCAAUCGAGGGCAAUCAGGAUAACAAAGCCUCCAAUAGUCUGAAGAGAAAGAGAGAUGACGGGGAUGAGGACCUCGUCAACGCUUUCAACCCGAAGUACCUGACCAGCCGUGAUCUCUUCGAACUUGAGAUUAGUGAUCUCUCGUUCAGACGCCAUGUCUUAGUCCAAGCCUUGAUCAUAAUGGACUUCCUGCUGUCUUUGUCACCCAAGGCCAAGGAGAAGCUCGCAGCAAUCCCUCAGAAGUCCGUCAACAAGAGCGUCGCUUACCUAGACCAAGCCCUGAGUGAAGAGGAUGCGAAGUGGGCGGCUGAUAUGAAGAAGACCAUUUCCGACUACCUAAAACAAGGCGGCGAUGGGCAGUAUUUCUACAGAAUGGUCGACACCGUCCUCAGCAGAGACAAGAACUGGGUACGGUGGAAGAUUGAGAAUUGCGCCCCCAUCGAGAUGCCAGCUGUAUCUCCCGAGGCGUUCGCAGACGCGACAAAGUCAGCAAGAUCAAUGGCAACUCACAAGAGGCUACGGGCCUCGGCAAUGGGCACAUUGGGGCUCGACUUUCUUCGGGAAGGAGAUGAUGAGGCUGUCUUAGAGAAGCUCAAAGCGGAAGAAAGGCACAGUCUGCCCGAGCUCUCAACCUUGGAGAGGAAGAUUGCGGACGAUGAUUUCGAGAUCGAGAUGCCGACGAACGACGAGACGAAAGCUGAGGCGAUCGAGGGCAAGGCAAGCAAGACGUGGCGUGCUUUACGGGUGGCGAGUAAAUCCAAGUUGGCGCUCUUUGACAAGAUCGAAAGCGACGACAAGAUCGAUGUGAUAUUCAAGGGCGGAGUUGCUCAGAACACUGAUGAGGAGGAAGCUAUUGACGAAGGAGAGGCAAAUCAGGAUGACUCAGGAAAGGGAGGAGAGCAGAUAUCAGAGAAUGAUGAAGGCAUCAACGGCGAUGGUGCCGUAGCAGAGGAGAUCGUGGUUGCGCUAAGUUGA